AUGUGUCGUAUGGUUGUAUUUACGGGCUCAUGUACCCGCUGUGGCGACUCGCAGACGUGGGAGGACCUUACGCAGCAUCUCUCAUGCCUCGAGGCCAAAAACAACGGGAGCUUUGGCGAGUGCGAGGCCGGGGUCUUCUCCGAGCAACACGAUUUUGAUCAUGAGUGCGAGCGAUGUGCCGAAGAAGACGAAGGUGUGGGUGACAUUGAGGACGAGGAGAUGACAUUUACCGCCUACUCAACAACGACCUCCACAGGCAAACGCGGCGCUGACUCUACGACCACAAACGAAUCCAGCAACGGCCGGAAGAAACAAAGGACGUCGGCGGAACCGACCGCUGAGAGUGCCGUAUGA